AUGGUAAGUCGAACACUUGGACACAUAAAAUUCAAUGCUAAUCAAAGUAGCAAAAUUCGGCACCUCAAAUGCGAUGAACGCAAGCCUACGUGUUUCAGAUGCGAAAAAGACCAACGGACGUGCGACGGCUACCUUGCGCCCCCAGAAAGCAAACCAAAAACAAAAUCUCUCGCCCUUCAUAGAAAACAGUAUGACCUCAUAUCCCGUCGCAUCGCGACAGCCUCGAAGCUUCUUGUCCCAGCAGCUCUAUCACCAGAGACAUUCGGUUCGACGAUUGAGUUGGACCUCUGCCACCACUUCCGAACAUACACAGUAUCAGAACUUGCGAGCUCGCUCAACGCAAUGAGCUUCUGGCACGCGUAUGCGCUGCCACUCAGCCAGACGUCAAAACCCGUCAAGGCUGCGAUUGGAGCGUUGGGAGGGGCACACAAAGCUUUCAAGCUUCAGACCCAGACCGACUCAUUAACGCAGUCUGUUGCAAAAUCUUACGAGAUCGCAUCUAUCCAGCAAUACAACAAUGCAAUUCGGGUAAUGCAAGAGUACAUGAACUCACCCGAUAAAAACAUUCAGGUUAUUCUAACUUGUUGCUUAAUAUUUAUCUGCACCGAGAGUCUCUACGGGCGUUACAAGAACGUUACGCGGCAUUUGGAAGCCGCAUUCUCUUUAUUGAACUCCUGUGAUCGAUGGGACCUAGCCAAGUUUAUGGAAAACAUUGGCCCUUCGUUAUGCGGCCUGGCAUCUGAUCUAUUCUUUUACGUGGGGGACAACCAUUCCUCAAAGCUUGUCUCCGAGAUUACAGAAUGGGCUGAUAAACAAGACCCGAUUGACCUAGAAGAACCCGGCGAACCCUUCACUUCUGCACAAGCUGCAGCUGCAGCACUGACACGAGUCGAGACACUUUGCGAUGUAGAGAUGUACGCCGAUUGCCCAAAAUGUUCGGAUGAUGGCGUGCUGUGCGGUGACGGUGGGGUUUCAUGUGAGAGACGAGAUAAAGGUCUAGUCUCGGAAGCCUUUUACCAUCAUUGGAGCGCACGAUAUCAAGCUUUCAAGAAGACGUUCGAUCCGUCAAAGGCCUCAGAGUCAGAGCUGUUUCGGUUCAAAAUACUUGAGUGCGAAGAGACUACAUGGCAGGCCACUUUCAAGCUCAACCACAUCAACGACGACCUGGAAACAGCCGAUUGCAUCGAGAUAUUGAAGAAAGCAGAAGAGGUCAUCAAGAUGACGCAAAGCGAUAAGGGUCAGAUCUUCACAUUUCAGGCCAAUCUCGUCCCUCCAAUAUCCUACGUUAUAAUAUCAUGUCAGGACACAAGUGUGCAAUGGGAGGCGGUGAGGCUUCUGCGGUGUCUUGGGAGACGGGAGGGCGUUUGGGACAGCAGGAAAAUGGCAGAUAUUUACACGAAUAUGAUCAACGCAAGGACGAACAAGCUACUAACGUGGGAGGAGAUUCCGGCUGAUGUGCCGCAGCUGACUGAACUUCUUGGUUCGCUUAAGAUGUGA